AUGGUGUCACCAGUCGGGGAAGAUAAGAACCAACCAGUGGUUCCUUCAUGUUUACGAAUUUUGGGUGUAGAACCAACCAGUGGUUCCUUACAUGUUCACGAAUUUCUGGGCGUAGAACCAACCAGUAGUUCCUUACAUGCUUACGAGUUUCUGGGUGUAGAACCAACCAGUGGGCCCUUAUAUGUUUAUGGAUUUCUGGGCAUAGAACCAACCAGUGAUUCCUUACAUGUUUACGAAUUUCUGGGCGUAGAACCAACCAGUGGUUCCUUACAUGCUUACGAAUUUCUGGGCGUAGAACUAACCAGUGGUUCCUUACAUGUUUACGAAUUUCUGUGUGUAGAACCAACCAGUGGUUCCUUACAUGUUCACGAAUUUCUGGGCGUAGAACCAACCAGUGGUUCCUUACAUGUUUACGAAUUUCUGAGUGUAGAACCAUCCAGUGGGCCCUUACAUGUUUACGAAUUUCUGGGUGUAGAACCAACCAGUGGGCCCUUAUAUGUUUAUGGAUUUCUGGGUGUAGAACCAACCAGUGGUUCCUUACAUGUUCACGAAUUUCUGGGCGUAGAACCAACCAGUGGUUCCUUACAUGUUCACGAAUUUCUGGGCGUAGAACCAUCCAGUGGGCCCUUACAUGUUUACGAAUUUCUGGGCGUAGAACCAACCAGUGGUUCCUUAGAUGUUUACGAAUUUCUGGGUGUAGAACCAACCAGUGGGCCCUUAUAUGUUUAUGGGGUUCUGGGCAUAGAACCAACCAGUGGUUCCUUACAUGUUUACGAAUUUCUGGGCGUAGAACCAACCAGUGGUUCCUUACAUGUUCACGAAUUUCUGGGCGUAGAACCAACCAGUGGUUCCUUACAUGUUUACGAAUCUCUGGGCGUAGAACCAACCAGUGGCCCCUUACAUGUUUACGAAUUUCUUUGUGAAGAGAAUUAUGCAAUUAUCAUCUAA